UUUGGUUCUAGUCAUUCUUUCCCUUUCUCUCUUGUAGGUUUUGAUCUAGUAAAAUGUGAGGAUCCAGGCAUCCCUAACUAUGGCUAUAGGAUUCGCGACGAAGGCCACUUUACUGACACCGUCGUUCUGUACAGUUGUAACCCAGGGUACGCCAUGCACGGCAGCAACACCCUGACUUGUCUGAGCGGAGACCGGAGAGUGUGGGACAAACCAUUGCCCUCUUGCAUAGCGGAAUGUGGAGGUCGGAUUCACGCUGCCACGUCAGGAAGAAUAUUGUCCCCUGGCUACCCAGCACCUUAUGACAACAACCUCCAUUGCACUUGGAUAAUAGAGGCAGACCCAGGAAAGACCAUCAGCCUUCAUUUCAUAGUUUUUGACACUGAGAUGGCUCAUGAUAUUCUCAAGGUGUGGGAUGGCCCAGUGGACAGUGACAUCCUGCUGAAGGAGUGGAGUGGCUCCGCCCUUCCCGAGGACAUUCACAGCACCUUCAACUCUCUCACCCUGCAGUUCGACAGUGACUUCUUCAUCAGCAAGUCGGGCUUCUCCAUUCAGUUCUCAACAUCAAUUGCAUCCACCUGCAAUGAUCCAGGGAUGCCUCAAAAUGGCACUCGCUAUGGAGACAGCCGUGAGGCUGGGGACACCAUCACAUUCCAAUGUGACCCUGGAUAUCAGCUCCAAGGACAAGCCAAAAUCACCUGUGUGCAACUGAAUAACCGGUUCUUUUGGCAACCAGACCCUCCUACAUGCAUAGCUGCAUGUGGUGGGAAUCUGACUGGCCCAGCGGGUGUUAUUUUAUCACCCAACUACCCCCAGCCUUAUCCUCCUGGGAAAGAGUGUGACUGGACAAUCAAAGUGAACCCGGACUUUGUCAUCGCCUUGAUAUUCAAAAGUUUCAAUAUGGAGCCGAGCUAUGAUUUUCUUCACAUCUAUGAAGGGGAGGAUUCCAACAGCCCUCUAAUUGGAAGUUUUCAGGGCUCUCAAGCCCCAGAAAGAAUAGAGAGUAGUGGAAAUCGUCUUUUUCUGGCAUUUCGGAGCGAUGCCUCCGUGGGCUUAUCAGGCUUUGCUAUUGAAUUUAAAGAGAAACCACGGGAAGCUUGUUUUGACCCUGGAAAUAUAAUGAAUGGGACUAGAAUUGGAACUGACUUCAAACUUGGCUCGACUGUUACUUACCAGUGUGACUCUGGCUACAAGAUUGUUGACCCCUCGUCCAUCACCUGUGUGAUUGGAGCUGACGGAAAGCCCUCCUGGAACCAGGUGUUGCCCUCCUGUAAUGCUCCCUGUGGAGGCCAGUACAUGGGAUCAGAAGGGGUUGUUUUAUCACCAAACUACCCUCACAAUUACACAGCUGGUCAAAUAUGCCUCUAUUCAAUAACCGUACCAAAGGAAUUUGUGGUGUUUGGACAAUUUGCCUAUUUCCAGACGGCACUGAAUGAUUUGGCAGAAUUAUUUGAUGGAGGCCACCCGCAGGCCAGACUUCUCAGUUCACUCUCUGGGUCUCAUUCAGGUGAAACAUUGCCUUUGGCGACGUCAAAUCAAAUUCUGCUCCGAUUCAGUGCAAAGAGCGGUGCCUCUGCCAGGGGCUUCCACUUCGUUUAUCAAGCUGUUCCUCGUACCAGCGACACCCAGUGUAGCUCUGUUCCUGAGCCCAGAUAUGGAAGGAGAAUUGGUUCUGAGUUUUCUGCAGGCUCGAUCGUUCGAUUUGAGUGUAACCCAGGAUACCUACUUCAAGGUUCCGCAGCCAUCCGCUGUCAGUCCGUGCCUAAUGCUUUAGCUCAGUGGAAUGAUACAAUCCCAGGCUGUGUAGUUCCUUGCAGUGGCAAUUUCACUCAGCGGAGAGGUACAAUUUUGUCCCCUGGCUAUCCUGAGCCAUACGGUAACAACUUAAACUGUAUAUGGAAGAUCAUAGUUACAGAGGGAUCUGGAAUUCAGAUUCAAGUGAUCGGUUUUGCCACGGAGCAAAAUUGGGACUCCCUUGAGAUCUACGACGGCGGGGACAUGGCUGCACCUAGACUGGGAAGUUUCUCAGGUACCACGGUGCCGGCAUUGCUGAACAGCACUUCCAACCAACUCUACUUGCAUUUCCAAUCUGACAUUAGUGUGGCAGCUGCUGGUUUUCACCUGGAAUACAAAACUGUAGGUCUUGCUGCAUGCCAAGAGCCAGCCCUUCCCAGCAAUGGCAUCAAAAUAGGAGACCGAUACAUGGUGAACGAUGUGCUCUCCUUUCAGUGCGAGCCUGGGUACACCCUGCAGGGCCGUUCCCACAUUUCUUGUAUGCCAGGAACAGUUCGUCGUUGGAACUAUCCGUCUCCCCUCUGCAUUGCGACCUGUGGAGGGACCUUGAGCAACACGGGGGGAGUGAUCUUGAGCCCAGGGUUCCCGGGUUCUUACCCCAACAACUUAGACUGCACCUGGAGGAUCUCGUUGCCCAUUGGCUAUGGUGCACAUAUUCAGUUUCUGAAUUUUUCUACCGAAGCUAAUCAUGACUACCUUGAAAUUCAGAAUGGACCUUACCACACCAGCCCGAUGAUUGGGCAGUUCAGUGGCACAGAUCUCCCCUCGGCACUGCUGAGCACAACGCACGAAACACUCAUCCACUUCUACAGCGACCAUUCACAGAACCGGCAAGGAUUUAAGCUUGCUUACCAAGCCUAUGAAUUACAGAACUGCCCGGAUCCACCUCCGUUUCAGAAUGGGUAUAUGAUCAACUCAGAUUACAGUGUGGGACAGUCAAUAUCUUUUGAGUGUUAUCCUGGGUACAUUUUGAUAGGCCAUCCUGUCCUCACUUGCCAGCAUGGAAUCAACAGAAACUGGAACUACCCUUUCCCAAGAUGCGAUGCUCCUUGUGGAUACAAUGUAACAUCUCAGAAUGGUACCAUUUAUUCCCCCGGAUUUCCAGAUGAGUAUCCAAUUUUAAAGGACUGCAUUUGGCUUAUCACUGUGCCUCCAGGGCAUGGAGUUUACAUCAACUUCACCUUGUUGCAGACAGAAGCGGUUAAUGAUUACAUCGCUGUUUGGGAUGGGCCAGAUCAGAAUUCACCUCAGCUGGGAGUUUUCAGUGGUAAUACCGCUCUCGAAACAGCUUAUAGUUCUACCAACCAAGUCCUGCUCAAGUUCCAUAGUGACUUUUCUAAUGGAGGUUUCUUUGUCCUCAAUUUUCACGCAUUUCAGCUCAAGAAAUGUGAACCUCCCCCUGCAGUUCCACAGGCAGAAAUGCUUAUUGAGGAUGAGGAUUUUGAAAUAGGAGAUUUUGUGAAGUACCAGUGCCAUCCUGGGUACACUUUGUUGGGGACUGACACACUGACCUGCAAGCUCAGUUCCCAGUUGCAAUUUGAAGGCUCUCUCCCAACAUGUGAAGCACAAUGUCCAGCAAAUGAAGUCCGGACAGAAGCAUCUGGAGUAAUCCUCAGUCCAGGAUAUCCAGGCAACUAUUUUAACUCCCAGACAUGCUCUUGGAGUAUUAAAGUGGAUCCAAACUAUAACAUUACCAUCUUUGUGGACACAUUUCAAAGUGAAAAGCAAUUUGAUGCCCUGGAAGUAUUUGAUGGUUCUUCUGGGCAAAGUCCUCUGUUAGUAGUCUUAAGUGGAAACCACACUGAACAAUCCAAUUUUACAAGCAAGAGUAAUCAGUUAUAUCUCCGCUGGUCUACUGAUCAUGCAACCAGUAAAAAAGGAUUCAAGAUUCGUUAUACAGCACCUUACUGCAGCCCGACCCACACCCUGAAGAACGGUGGUGUUUUAAACAGGACAGCAGGAGCAGCGGGAAGUAAAGUGCAUUACUUUUGCAAGCCUGGAUACCGCAUGAUUGGCCACAGCAAUGCAACGUGUAGACGGAACCCAGUAGGCAUGUACCAGUGGGACACCCUCCCACCACUCUGCCAGGCCGUGUCCUGUGGAGUCCCAGAAUCACCUGGCAAUGGCUCAUUUACGGGCAAUGAGUUUACGCUGGACAGUAAAGUGACAUAUGAGUGUAAUGAAGGCUUUAAGCUUGGAGCAAAUCAACAAGCCACAGCAGUGUGCCAAGAAGACGGGUUGUGGAGUAACCAAGGGAAGCCACCCAUCUGUAAACCGGUACCUUGUCCUAGCAUUGAAGCUCAGCUCUCAGAACAUAUUAUCUGGAGACUGGUUUCGGGAUCACUGAAUGAGUAUGGAGCUCAAGUACUGCUGAGCUGCAGCCCCGGUUACUAUUUAGAGGGCCAAAGGCUUGCACAGUGCCAAGCAAAUGGAACAUGGACCAUCGGAGAAGAGAGACCAGGUUGUAAAGUUAUCUCAUGUGGAAGUCUGUCCUUUCCCCCAAAUGGUAACAAGAUUGGAACGUUGACAGUGUAUGGGGCCACAGCAAUAUUCACGUGUAACACAGGCUACACUCUCGUGGGCUCUCACGUCAGAGAGUGCUUAGCAAACGGACUCUGGAGUGGCACAGAAACACGAUGUCUCGCUGGCCACUGCGGUUCCCCAGACCCAAUCGUGAAUGGUCAUAUUAGCGGAGAUGGCUUCAGCUACAGAGACACGGUGGUUUAUCAGUGUAAUCCUGGUUUCCGGCUUGUGGGGACUUCCGUUAGGAUAUGCUUGCAGGACCACAGAUGGUCUGGACAAACCCCUGUCUGUGUCCCCAUCACCUGUGGUCAUCCUGGAAACCCUGCCCAUGGAUUUACGAAUGGUAGUGAGUUCAACCUGAAUGACGUUGUGAAUUUCACCUGCCACACGGGCUACUUGCUGCAGGGUGCAUCUCGAGCCCAGUGUCGAAGCAAUGGCCAGUGGAGUGGCUCUUUGCCCACGUGUCGAGUGGUGAACUGUUCGGAUCCAGGCUUUGUGGAAAAUGCCAUUCGUCAUGGGCAACAGAAUUUCCCUGAGAGGUUUGAGUAUGGAAUGAGUGUCAUGUACCAUUGCAAGAAGGGAUUUUACUUGUUGGGAUCUUCGGCCUUAACCUGUACGGCAAAUGGCUUAUGGGAUCGUUCUUUACCCAAGUGUUUGGCUAUAUCGUGUGGGCACCCAGGAGUUCCAGUCAAUGCUAUCCUAACUGGAGAACUGUUUACAUAUGGGUCCAUAGUUCACUACUCAUGCAAAGGUGGCCGGAGUCUUAUAGGAAACAACACUAGAGUUUGUCAAGAAGACAGUCACUGGAGUGGAACACUGCCCCACUGCACAGGAAAUAAUCCUGGAUUUUGUGGUGAUCCAGGGACCCCAGCACAUGGGUCUCGUCUUGGGGAUGAAUUUAAGAUGAAGAGUCUCCUCCGCUUCUCUUGUGAGAUGGGCCACCAGCUGAGGGGCUCUCCCGAGCGAACGUGUUUGCUCAAUGGGUCGUGGUCAGGACUGCAGCCCGUGUGUGAGGCUGUGUCCUGUGGAAAUCCCGGCACACCCACCAAUGGCAUGAUCGUCAGCAGUGACGGCGUCCUGUUCUCCAGCUCGGUCAUCUACGCUUGCUGGGAAGGCUACAAGACCUCGGGCCUGAUGACCCGGCAUUGCACAGCCAACGGGACCUGGACGGGCACAGCACCAGACUGCACAAUUAUAAGUUGUGGAGAUCCGGGUACGCUGGCAAAUGGCAUCCAGUUUGGGACUGAUUUCACCUUCAACAAGACUGUGAGCUAUCAGUGUAACCCUGGCUAUCUUAUGGAGCCCCUGACGUCAUCCACCAUUCGCUGUACCAAAGACAGCACAUGGAACCAGAGCAAACCCGUCUGCAGAGCUGUCCUGUGCAGUCACCCUCCUCAAGUGCACAAUGGAAGAGUGGAAGGGACUGAUUUCCGCUGGGGCUCCAGUGUAAGCUACAGCUGUGUGGACGGCUACCAGCUCUCUCACCCGGCCAUCCUCUCCUGCGAAGGGCAUGGGGUGUGGAAGGGAGAAGUUCCCCAGUGCCUGCCUGUGUUCUGUGGAGACCCUGGUAUCCCUGCUGAUGGGCGACUUAGUGGGAAAAGUUUCACCUAUAAAUCUGAAGUCUUCUUCCAGUGCAAAUCUCCUUUUAUACUAGUGGGAUCUUCAAGAAGAAUCUGCCAAGCUGACGGCAUGUGGAGUGGUAUACAACCUACCUGCAUUGAUCCUGCUCAUAACACCUGCUCAGACCCUGGUACUCCACACUUUGGAAUACAGAAUAGCUCUAGAGGAUAUGAGGUUGGAAGCACAGUUUUUUUCAGGUGCAGAAAAGGUUACCACGUUCAAGGUUCUACGACUCGGACUUGCCUUGCAAAUUUAACAUGGAGCGGGAUACAGACUGAAUGUAUACCUCAUGCCUGCAGACAACCAGAAACCCCAGCACAUGCCGAUGUGAGGGCGAUCGAUCUUCCUACUUUUGGCUACACCUUAGUGUACACCUGCCAUCCAGGAUUCUUCCUUGCAGGUGGAUCUGAGCACAGGACAUGUAAAGCAGAUAUGAAAUGGACAGGGAAGUCACCUGUUUGUAAAAGUAAAGGAGUGAGAGAAGUUAAUGAAACAGUUACUAAAACUCCAGUUCCUUCAGAUGUAUUCUUCAUCAAUUCAGUGUGGAAAGGAUAUUAUGAGUAUUUAGGGAAAAGACAACCUGCAACUCUAACCGUUGACUGGUUCAAUGCAACAAGCAGUAAGGUGAACGCAACCUUCACUGAAGCCUCUCAAGUGGAGCUGAAAUUGACAGGAGUUUACAAGAAGGAGGAGGCCCACUUACUUCUGAAAGCUUUUCAAAUGAAAGGUCCAGUGGACAUUUUUGUAAGCAAGUUUGAGAAUGACAACUGGGGACUAGAUGGUUAUGUAUCAUCAGGACUGGAAAGAGGAGGAUUUACUUUUCAAGGUGACAUACAUGGAAAAGACUUUGGAAAAUUCAAGCUAGAAAGGCAAGAUCCCUUAAGCUCUGAUCAAGACUCUUCACAUCAUUACCACGGCACCAGCAGUGGCUCUGUGGCAGCUGCCAUUCUGGUUCCAUUCUUUGCUCUAAUUUUAUCAGGGUUUGCAUUUUACCUCUACAAACACAGAACAAGACCAAAAGUUCAAUACAAUGGCUAUGCUGGACAUGAAAACAGCAAUGGACAAGCUUCAUUUGAAAACCCCAUGUAUGAUACAAACUUAAAACCUACAGAAGCGAAGGCUGUGAGGUUUGACACAACUCUGAACACAGUUUGUACAGUGGUAUAGCCCUCAGUGCCCUGAUAGGACUGAUUCAUAGCCAUACCUCUGAUGGACAAGCAGUAAUUCCUUUGGUGCCAUAUACCACUCUCCCUUCUAUUCUUGCUUUGCUGCAGCGACCUUUAACAUAGUCUACUGGCAUACGUGCAGCGGGAAUUUCUAUUCAAAUGUGGCAGAGUCUUCUGAGGAUCAAACUACACACAGAUCUUCAUUAUGAAAGCAUAUUAGAAACACCUGGCUGCAUCUGCUUGAAACCAAGGCACACUGGAGGAAGACUGCCGAGUCAAGCUGACACAUCAUACUCUAUGCCUCAGACUUUCCUAUUUCUGUGUUGCUGGGAUGCCUUUCAAUGCAAUCUUCUGGGCAUGUGGAUACAUCCUUCCGGUGUGGUGACAAAAUAGUAGCACCACAAUAUGUGUCUUGUUUUUUGUUUUUGUUUUUGUUUUUUACCCCGAAGAACACAGAACACGAACGAAUACUCUGGAAAAACAAAAUCUUUCUUGAAGAAGACACCAUUCUGAUAGAUGCACACACCUACAAAUGCUUCACUCUGUCCUUCCCGAGACCUGACAAGCUUUGAGGACUCAUAGCUUCCUGGAGUGUCCAUCACAAGGGACAUUUGCAAAUUUCCUAGUCAGCUGUCCUCUUGCAGAAUUUUUGAUGCACAAUUUUUUGCACUAGUGUGUUAUGAAUGACUAAGAUUCUGAUAAAAAAUAAACUAUUUACACAGGGUUUAUACACACUAUUCACUGUAUAUAAGCAUCCUUUCCUAUUGUCAAGCUAAACAUUUCACCACCAGUGUAGUUGGGGUGUUAGGAAAUAAGAAUCUCAGAUACGGCACAGAUUUUAAAAGAAAUACAGUAUUGAUGAGGUUUAUUUUAUCAUUCCUUCUAUUAGCAACAUUUAUGUGUUCAAUUCAUUGAAGAUGUCAUCAAGAAAAAAAAAGAAGUCUUUUUAUUUCCCAUGUUUUCUCCCUUUAGUUCUGUCAUGAUCCAUAUACUACUUAGUAGCAGGGGUUUUGCAGAAAUUUCUAUUAGCCAUGUUAAAAUGUGAGUAGUAAUUUAUUUUAGACAGUUCACGAACUUGUGGGUUUCAGCAGUCUUACCUUUUGAAUUUGCUAUUUUUUAUUCUUUUGCUGGAUCAUCAUUCCCUGAUAUUGCAUUGAAAGACAAUAUAUCAUGGUAGCACCUUGAGCUGAGUGAAAAGUGUUCGGGAUCAAAUACUAAGUGUUCCUUUAGAGGUAAGAAAAAAACACGCUCCUCUCAUGAUAAUAUAUUCUAUAUAUUGUUUGUCUUUUGUUUCAUGCUUUAUAAUUCCAGAUGGAAAGAUAAUUUUAGUGAUUUUCCACAUUUAAAGUUUAUUAUAGGUAGAUUAUGAGUUACAAUAUAAAUAAAAUAGAUAUGAUCCCCAGUGUGGAUAAAAUCAAAACGUGAAUUAGACAUGACCAUGAGAAUGUUUGCAUAACAAAUAGAAAGUGAAGAUCAUGUUUAUUUUUAUUUAUACUUGUUUGAUAAAAAUAUUUUGACAUGAUAAUACUUACUUUAUUACUUGAUGUUUAAGCACGUGUUACACAUGUUGAAAAUUUCCCCUUUCACCUUCUAGAUUGGCAUCUAUAGAAAUGUUGGAAUAUUGAAAUUGACUUUCACAUUGUUGUAGUGAACAUAUUCACACCUAGCUUUGAGACUGAUGUAUUUGUUUGUCUACUCAGUGUUUAAACUUAGGACUUCAAACAUAAAAAAGUGAAAAAAGAAAACUCAGUAGAGUAAUAGCUCAUUCAUUUGAAAGCUGUGCAUUUUGGUUUGAACCUUUGAGUAGAUCUUUUUUACCCAGCUGCCACUGUUCUGUGACUCGCUGGAAGGGACAUAUGCUGUUCGUAGGACUCCCCAACCUCUUCUACUUACUCCUCUGUCUUUUGAAUUCCAUAUUAUUAUGCUGAGUUCUCUCCAAAUUUUUCCCUGGCCAACCUGAUGCCAUCCCUGGAGAUUUGCUUUGCAAAUGGGAAUCCUUCCAUUUUACUUGUUCUCAGUAGACUAGAUGGUGUCGGCAGGAAAAUGCUCCUAGCACACACAGUGAACUGAAACAAACAGAAAAGGCUAGAAAGUUUGAGGAUCAUUGUGUGCAAGGGAGAACAGGGUUACUAUAUAUAUUAGGUGUAUAUAUACAUAUAUAUAUAUAUAUAUUGUACAUAUCUAAGUUUGAGUCAUUCAAACUAGGUGCAAAAUGCUGACUUCAGAGUCUGAAUUAAUGUCACUGUUCCCACAUCCCUGACCUGCUUGCUGGUCAAUAACGUUAUGAAUUCCUGAAAUGACAGGACAUACGUACAUACAAGAAAUCACAUAUCAGAUUAGAUAUUAUUUUUCUUUUUGUGCAAAGUCAAACUGUCCUAUGGUUGUCAGUUUGGAGCAUGUUGUUUAAAAAACAAACAAACAAAAAAUCUGUGAAAUUCUCUUGUGAGAAUUCUGCCUAGUUUCUUCCUAGGGUGUGUGUAGUAAAUAAUCCAAUCUCCCAUGAGGCGUUGGAGGAUCUCGGUAGGGCAGUCAGGAGAUGUGCUUGCUGAGUGAGGUCUAGCAGACUCUUCCCGGAAGGCAACCGGAGCCCACGUGAAGGAAGCGACCACACGCUAAAACAGGUUAUGUGCUUCAAAGCUGUUUAAAACUUCUGCUUGUUUCACACACAUCUUGCCUUUCUUCAGGCUAGCUGCAAUAAUUUUUUUCUUCUGUAAAAUAUUUUGUAAACAACAACUAAAAGCUAUUAUUAAAAGGGGAAAAAAGAACGCUGGCAUUAUGAUCAGGAAAACCCAUCAUCAACGCCACCCCACCCGCUGUCCCUCCACACGCUGCUGUCAAGAAGUAGGUGCAAAAGACCUUUUUGUACAGAGAUAUAUUUUUUAUGAAGAAUUUGUAAAAUUAUUAAAUAUGCUGUAAUUUUUUGAUUAAUGUAGGUAAAUUGUUAAAAAUAAAUGUUUUUACAAUACAAAACUGUAAUUUUCCCAAUAAUGUAAAAUGUACCAUCUCUAGCUGAUUUUCUGUUCCAAUCCUAUUACACAUGUAUGAAUAUAAAAGUGGCCUGUUAAAAUGAACAGUAUCUUUUUUGUCAAAAAAUCUAUAAAGAGAGUGUAAUAUAGCCUGUGCAAUGCCACCUAUCUUUAAAGCAAAUCAGAGUUCUAAUUAAAUAUUUAAUUUUAGAUUUCUA